AUGAUUAAAUUUAUCAAUAUAAUUAAGAGAGCAUACCACCCUAAAGUCCUUGAAUAUUACGAAAACCCAAAAAAUGCAGGAUCUCUAGAUAAAAACAGCAAGGAAGUUGGCACUGGAGUUGUUGGGGCGCCUGCAUGUGGAGACGUCAUGAAGUUACAAAUAAAAGUUGAGGAUGGAAAAAUCUCUGAGGCAGUUUUUAAGACAUUUGGGUGUGCUUCUGCUAUUGCUAGCUCGUCCUAUGCAACUGAGUAUAUUAAAGGUCUUAGCUUGGAUGAAGCCGUGCAGUUAAAAAAUUCUGAUAUUGCGUCAUAUCUCCAUUUACCACCUAUCAAAUUGCACUGCUCUAUGCUUGCGGAAGACGCAGUUAAGGCUGCGAUUAAAGACUUUCAGAAAAAAAAUGAAACAAAGUAA